AUGAUCUAUUUGGUACGACUUUGGCACAACGCAAACGAGAAGCGGCUGCAGGUCUUCUUCGGAGCGGACGCAGUCGCCCCUGCUCUCGAGCUCGACUUCGACAUGUCAGCGAGUCUCGCGUUGGAGAUGGGCCAUGCCUAUGCUGGCCUCGCUCUGUUACCUCUGGAUUUCCAGCACGACGUAGAGAGUCGGGACAAGAAGUGGGUCCAGCCAGAGACAGGCUACUCUUCCCGCGACCGGCCCGUUCUCUUCGCCUCAUGGAAUCAUUCGCAGACUUCCCCAAGUUCCGAGUUGACAUCGCGGAUGCUGGAGGAGUUGGCGGCAGCUAGCAGUCCCUGGUUCGUGAACUUACAUCUGACGUACGAAGCCGUUUGGCCAUUGCCACUCGUCUUUACACAGCGGUGCCUGGAACGCUACAACCACUUCUUCCGGAUCCUGUUAGCUUUCCGCCACGCCCACUUGGAGCUGCAGCGCUGCGAGCUCCCCCGCGGAAACGUGCUCGCCUGGGCUCUGAAAAGUCAGCUCUCUUUCUUCGUAUCCCAGGUCCUACAGUUCUUCCAGCAGGAUGUCAUUGAGGCCUCGUUCCGGAACCUUCUGCGCAGCAUCCGUGAGUCCACCGUCUUCGACGAAGUCAUUGCGGCUCACGAGAAGUUCCUCUCGGCGCUGACACUGCACUUCUUCCUCCAGGCUCCAGACUUGCAUCAUGAGCUGAUGUCGGCUCUCCGGAUCGUCACGCUAUUCAGCCAAACCGCUUUGCUGCAGACCUACCGGAGCCCCCAGGCCACUACAGGUCUGAAGGACGUGGACCUCCGGCGCUUGCAGGCGGACUUCAUGGCCACCGUGCGGUCUGUGAUCCGCAUGAUGGCGACCCUGAAUCGCGAGGGUGUCGGUAUGCAUGCUCACCUCGUGCAGCUUCUGCUACGGCUCGACUACAACAACUACUUCUCCGGGACGGAG